AUGUCACUCUCUAGCUAUGUAAACAAGAAAGUUCUAAUCUUAACUGCGGAUUCAAGAACAUUGGUCGGUACACUUUUGAGUUGUGAUCAACAGACUAAUCUGGUCCUAUCCCAAACUAUCGAGCGCAUAAUCCGACCUCCAGAAGAUAUCGAAGCUUCCAGUGAAGUGCCACACGGUCUCUAUCUAAUCCGUGGUGACAAUGUGGUUGUAGUUGGAUUGGUGGAUGAGGAGUUGGAUGAUAGCAUUAAUUGGGUGGAGGUUAGGGGAGCUGUCAUUGGAGGGACAAAACAUUCAUAA